GACUUUAAAGAAACUGACAAGCGCGCGCUCACCUAACAACAUCACAGAGAGAGGAAGCAACAGCUUUGGUGUAUCAGGAAGGAAACGAGAGGAAAAUUGAGCAUGUCGUACGCCAAGUUUGUCUCAGCUUUCGCUCGGGCGAACUCGGGUAGUGUGAGGACUCUGCGCAUCAACCCGGGAAGAUGUCGUUCAACGGUCGCAUCCACCAAGAACCAGGAGGAGAAGGAGCCGCAGAUGGACGGGUGCACCGUGGUCGAGGCUGAGCCGGUGGAGCUCAUCAGCGAGAGCAAAAACUUCACCAACACUCGGCUGAACAGAAUCCACAUCGACUUCGACAAUACACAAGAAGCUUACAAAAGCAAAGGAAACAUUGAGCUGCUGAGAAGUCUGAUGGUGUUCAAACUUUGUACAUUUGAUUUCCUCGUUGAGAAGAACAAAGAGGUAAGUUUGUUGAGGCAGCCCUAAAGACAGCCUGUUUGCUUUUCAUCAUGCAAUAAUAAAACAUGUCUUUAUCACUAUGUAAUAACUCCAUUAACGAGAUAAUACACUUAAUGAGAAAAGCUGUUAUCUCACUACUAAAUAAUGAAUCACCAGUCUUGUAUUACCUCUUGCUCUUGUUUUGUGUUUCAGCUGAUGGAGCUGAGCCAGAAGGUGUUGGGCCAGUGGUUGUUUGAGAAGAUGAUGAAGAUGACUUUCUAUGGUCAGUUUGUGGCUGGAGAGGACCACAACUCCAUCAAACCUUUAAUCCAGAAGAACUUGGCCUUUGGUGUGGGUGCAGUUUUGGACUACAGUGUUGAAGAAGACUUGACACAGGAAGAAGCAGAGAAGAAGGAAAUGGAGUAAGUAUUGAUAUCUGAUUGACCAAGAGUUCAAAACAAACUAUGACACAUCGAUCUGAUUCUUUAAACUCAUGCAAAGUUAAUGAGUAUCAAGAUUAAUAUAUGUCAUAUGUGCACCACAUGAUGAGUGAUUUAUGAGUUAUAUAAUGAACAAAACUUGAAAAUCCCUCUGGAGUGUAUUGUGUUUGUAUUACUCCAUAUCACGUGCUUCACCGCAGUAUAAUUCCUGAUCCAAUCCUGAAAGGCAGUAGAUGGAAAAUUUAAUGUGACUUGAGGAGGCCAUUUAAAAGGGGACCUCCAACUUUGUAUGCAUAGCUGUAAUAGUCAUAGCAUGUGAGCAAUAAUAGGAAUAAAAGACGGAUGUUGCAAUUCAAAAGAUUUCCAGUUACUCUGUACUAUUGUUAUAGCGACUUAAUCAUUCCGGUAAUCUGUAUUUGAUCCAGUUCUGUUCUUAUUCUAUUACAGAGUUAUUUGAUUGUGAAAUAAUGAAAUACUAGACUCUUGAUGACACCAAUGCAUUUACAUCAGAGUAUUAAAGACCUCAUGUUCAGGCAGAUCCUGGUCUUAAUACCUGUCAAGUACAUAUAGCAUAACAGGGCCCCAUUUUGCCCUGAAGGCUCUUACUGUUUAAAACACAGGUUUACUUAAAACCUGUCAGACCACUUUGAAAACUUUCAUGUGAACUUGGAUCUCUUUUCUCUGUCAUGGAGGGUCCUGCACGUUACUGCAAGAAGAGCACCGUGUCGAAAACACUAUGAAUGAUUUAUUGCUUGUUAUCAGUUCAUCUUGUGACCUGGCUUCCGUUACGCUAGUUAUCAAAUCAACAUUGACUCACAGGCAAUCCGCAGUAAUUUUCCUCCUCAUAAACAAGCUGCAAUCAAAAUAGAACCUGUUUUUUGUUUCAUUUCUUGUAACAAAACAGUGCCUUGACUCUAUUGGUCUGCUAGGACUGACCCCUCUCCUCUGAUUGGCUGAGCUGGUUACCCAGUAAGGGGGUUGUGCCUGCAGAGAAUGCUGCCAUCCUUUUAGAGUAUUGUCCUGGCAGCUCUUACUGGCACACAUGGGAGUGUUAUGCAAUAAUCUGUGCAGGAAACAAGCUUAUUUUUAAACUAAGGAUUGUCUCACUAAGCACAACCAUAAACACGCUGGACUACUCUCAGAAAAGAAAAGAGUGAUAUCUGUUGCGGCGAGGAACGGCAUGAAGAAGACCACACAGUAAACACAGAAGUUCAGUAUGUUCCCGUGUGUUUUUCCUUUGUUUAUUUUCUCAUGUUGUCAUGUUGCAACGUGUAGCGAAAGGAGGUCAUCAUCAAAACGGCAUUCUCUGCACUCAUGUCGUGCUGGAGGCAACAAAACCGGUUAUAAUGACUGGGAAAUAUUUAACUUUCAUCAACACACAAUUUUCUGUCGUUCUCCUCCUUCAAAAUAGUCUUCUCAUAACUUAAACCUCGCUAUGUCCGUUCUGUUGUGUCUAUUAACUGAUUUGAAAUGGUUAAAUUGACCGGAGUAAACACAGAACACAGCCAGCAUAAUCAUUUUCUUUUUGUUGUUCAGGAAAUUAAAGCAUAUACUAUGUUCUUCUCGAGACUUGUGCUAACCCCUCUUUCUUUUUCAGUUCCUGUGUUUCUGAAGCCGAGAAAGAAAGCCCAGGUUUGUUUACCAUUUAAAAAAUCUCUAGAAUUUGAAGUAUGCACUUAUUUUGUUUUUCAAAUGAUCAGCUGCAUGCCUUAUUGACCGCAGAACCCCCAAAGGCAAGCCAGGGACCUGCUAGUCUGUACAACCGGUUGUCUUUGACAUUUAGCCAUCAGCUUGGCGUGAUUCCAGCUGAAGUGUCAGGUCUGGUAUGUUCAGUCAUGUGGUCGUACUGGUGGUGCUGGUGCUGGUUAUAUCUGGAUUUUGUGGGGUCGGUGCAGUCCACUGGAGACACGAGAUGUGACUUGGUUCAUAUUACAGACAGCAUGUGCAUUGCAGGGUUGAUGUUUUACUUUCAAGUAUAUGGUUCACCUAGGGGUGCUCUCCUUAGCUUCAUUUAAAAACUUGUAGCUAUAAUUAUAAUUUGAUCAUAAGAUAAUAUUAACAUUGCCUUUGUGUGUGUUCUGCACUAACUUCCAUUUCUUAAUACAGUGGUGUAUAUUUUUGUUGAUGAACUACAACUGAGCCUCUAUAAUAAAACCACGUUACCCUAUGUUCGCUUCAGAUGCUGAUCAUCGUGAGAAAAAGUACAAAGCCCACCGUCAGUUUGGGGACAGGCGUGGAGGAGUUAUCAGCGCUCGUACCUACUUCUAUGCAGAUGAGGCCAAAUGUGACAACCAGAUGGAGACUUUUCUAAACUGCAUUAAAGCCUCUGGUAAGAAAUUGGAGUUAUACCUGAUUGAAACCGUGGUACAAGUUGCUUAUUAUGGUUGCAACAAGCAGUAAAACAAGUUUACUGAUAUCUAAUCCUAUCUAGGUGGAGCGUCUGCAGAUGGAUUUUCUGCGAUCAAAAUGACCGCUCUUGGACGUCCACAGUUCCUGGUAAGUUCUUGUUUUAAUAUUAGCUAGAUACGGGUGUUACACUAGAUUUUACUCCUAAACAAAGGUAGCUUGAACAGAAUGCAAUGCAAGUGAAUUCACAUUCAUAAGUAUGUUCAGAGACAUACACUACGUUUUCAGUUUCUAGCAGUUACUUGUUGCGUGACCAAUGAAAGCCACACAUCCUGUGCCAGAUGGUUUCACACUGUCUCAAGGGUACAAUGUGUAGAAAUUAGUCGCAUAUAUAAUGGUUGUUAAUACUGCCUACAAACAGUACCUUGAACUUCUCAGACAGAAAUAAGCACAAACUGACAGAUGUGUGGUUUUUAGUAUAAUGAUUUACCCCAUCAGGAUGUGAUUCAAAGAAAUAAAAGUAUUCUCUCUCUGUUUGAUCAGCUCCAGUUCUCAGAAGUCCUGGUUAAAUGGAGACGGUUCUUUAACUUCCUGGCAGCAAAGCAGGGAAUAUCAAAUAUGACAGUUCUGGAGCAGAAACUGGAGCUGGAGCAACUUAAGGUUCGUCCCGAGUUCAGCAAGUCUCAAGUUAUGCUUGCUCAUAACAGCUGUCCUAAGCCUGUUCAUGUUGUGUCUAAGCUGUUUGCCAGACUUCAUAAGUCAUGUUCAGAUCUUAAGACUGUAAUUGUAACGUCAUACUGUGUGUCGACUCAGUAAUAAUCUGCGGUUUUUGAUCUCAUCACUGAAAUAUUUCUUCGCAGGAAAGUCUGGCUGAGAUGGGCGUGGGAGCUAAGGAUGACAUUGAAAACUGGUUUACUGGAGAGAAGUUGGGUUUGUCAGGGUAAGACAGACACUCAACAAAUACCAACAGUUGAACUUUUGUACGAGAUACAUCAAUACUUUAGAGCCUUUGUAUCCCUAAAGAUUUGACAGGUAUUCACACCCUUAAGGCCAGAGUUUUGCUGUACUAUAUUACACAACAUGCCAGUUAAUUAGCAGAACAAGACCGUGUGAUUCAGCUCUAUGAGUCCACAACAGCAGUUUGUGUGCAACUACAGUGAUUUGACAGAUACUGAAUUUAAAGCAAAUUUUUACUAGGAUGAUACAUAUUUUAAUUAACAUUUUAUAACAUUUUCCAGGACAAUAGAUCUGCUGGACUGGAACAGUUUGAUCAAUGAUACGACAAAAAUGUCCAACCUGCUAAUGGUGCCAAACCUGGAGGUAAGUCAUUGCCACACAGUAGCAUACUUGUUGGUGAGAGAAGAAUUAGAGCUGAACUGUUUGUGAUAGUUUGACAAGUGUCACCAAUGUAACUCAAUUUUGGUUUUUGUUUUAAUCUUUGUCGGUACAAAUUGAGCUGAGCAAGAAACGUUAAUAUUUCCAAUACACUCUUUACACUUUAGUCUUAAAUGAGAACAGAUUUCUGACUUCUAAUGUUACAGAUAGGUGUAAGCUUACAGUGACUGGUCUUAGGAACAAUGUAAGCGAUGAAUGAGCAAAGUAAAUGUAGGUUAGACGUGUUUCUUUCCCUUCAGGAGAUGAACUUAUCAUACGUGGGAACAUGUCGAUAAAGGUCUUGUUGUACAAGAGAUUGAUCUUUUUUCUCAGGAGAUAGUAAGCUGCUGGCGUAAUGUGAUACUGGACGUUUUUUCUUGAUAGUGUAAUAACAUAACGUCUGUCUACGUUAUUGCAGUAAACUUGUUUAUGCCGCAAUAAAAGUGUAGGGUUGAUGAGAUACUAUUAUCAGUGUAGGAGGAGACACCAGACAAAAUGACUGAGCACGCUCCUGCUGUUGCAACCCCUGCUUUCUCUGUCGUGCACUGAUGUAAGAGGUUAUCUUAAUUUGAAAGACUGAUUGUAAAGCAAAUACCAGAUAAUUCAAUUUUUUGCUGGUUGUGCAGACGGGCCAGCUUGAACCUCUGCUGAAUAUGUUUACGACUGAGGAAGAGAGGCAGAUGAAGAGGAUGCUUCAGAGAGUUGAUAUCCUGGCAAAGGUGAGAAAAUCAAAAACAAAAGGAUGUGCAUUUAGGUCAUAGUCCUGAAUAUGUUUUCUGAGCUGUUCUGUCUCUGUCUCUGUGCACUCUAGCAUGCCGUGGAGAACGGCGUGAGGCUAAUGGUGGAUGCCGAGCAGACGUACUUCCAGCCCGCUAUCAGUCGACUGACGCUGGAGAUGCAGAGGAAGUUCAACAGAGAGAAACCGAUCAUUUUCAACACUUAUCAGUGCUACCUCAAGGUAAUGCCACAAAUCCUGUUUCUGUGCCUUUUAACAGUGCUAUGAAUGUGAUCUGAUCCUUCAUUCAUAUUAUUAGGAAGCUUAUGAUAACGUGACCGUGGAUGUUGAGCUGUCACGGCGGGAGGGCUGGUACUUUGGCGCCAAACUUGUCCGCGGAGCCUACAUGUACCAAGAGAGAGACAGGGCGAAAGAGAUUGGCUAUGAAGACCCCAUCAACCCAGAUUAUGAGGCCACUAACAUGAUGUAUCACAAGUAUGUUUUGAAAUUUUAUUUUAAUUAUUAUAAUUUUUUUAAAGCUAGAAAUUAUGUAAAUCCUGACCACCUGCCUUGUCGUCUGUCCAGGUGUUUGGAGUAUGUGCUGGAGGAGAUCGAACACAGCAGGAAAGCGAACAUAAUGGUUGCAACUCAUAACGAGGACACAGUGAAAUACACUCUGAAGAUGUAUGUUUCUGAAUAUUUACCUUGUGCUAAAGCCUCAAAUCUGUCUUUCAUGAGUUAUAUUUCUAAUGCUUGAAUAACUGUUCUAGAAAUGAUGCAUUUUUAGACAACUUUCCAAGAAAUGAAGAGAAAUUCUGACUCCUAUUACCACAUACACAGUGUAACACCACACCCCAGCCUUUAUUAUGUAACAGCCCUUUAACUUACGUGAUUCUUUUCGUCUAUUUUUUCAGGAUGAAUGAGAUGGGCCUUUCACCCACUGAGAAUAAGGUUUACUUUGGACAGCUGCUCGGCAUGUGUGACCAGAUCAGCUUCCCACUAGGUAUGUUGUGCUCAGCUUAAGUACUAAAAGUAAACAGUGAGUUAUGGAACCACGCAGAGCUUACAUCACAGCGUGUCAUGUGAUAAGAGACCUUCCACGGAAACAUACUCCCAAAACACGUCAACUUUCAACGCACACAACUGAUGACAGUUCUGGUCACCCAAUCUGUAGAUAACUGUGGAGCAAUCUUCUCCUGAUUCUUGAUGGCAACAGCAGCGUAAAGAUAAAGAGCUUUUAGUCGUCGACAUGGCCGAACAUAAAACACAAAUCAAAUCCUAACCAUAUUUUCUUUCUUUUCUUUCUACUCCAAGUGAAAUGCAGAGCUUAUGACAGAGUCCCUCCUUCAGCCUGUUCUGAAUUGAGUUCAUAGUUUUAAAGUUGUGAAGCUUAAUAAUACAAAAUUACACUAAAGCUAAGAAAGCAGAUUUGCAAAUGAUCAAGUUUUAUGCAGAUGAAAAGUGAUGGUUAUAAGUAGCAGCGUUACAAGAAAGCUAAGGUUGUUAUAAUCAGUAUAGUUCAGUUUACCGUGCAAACACUGAGUUUUGACUGCUCACAUCCCAUCUUUUAGAGCGCCCUCCAGCUCUGUUUGUUUCCAUGUUACACCUAUCCCACUGAGCGUUCUUUGGUCUAAAAGAGAUCUAAUAUAUGUCUAAAUGUAGUCUAGAUGACUGGUCUAAAAUCAGGCUACCACAGGUCUAAAAAUGAACGUUUUUUUAGACGUCUAAAUUUAGACCAAGUUUAGACCAAGUCUAAAUCUGGGCUAUAUCUAUACUACACUGUAUAUUGCUCAACAGCUAUCAUAAUUAUUUUGGUUAAGUACUUGGAGAUCAGUUAUGCAACAGCUGUUUUUUUAAAUAAAUAGUUAUUGAAUAAUGGGUUUAAGCGCAAUGUCUAAAUUCCAUCUAAAAAUAUACAGACAAUCCAGACCGUUGAAACAACUGGACAUCUAAUAGCCGUUUAUUGCUCAGUGGGAUGUGAGCUCUUGUCAGCUUCUGUGACUUAAAUUCAUUAGAAAGCUGCCUUGUAACCAUGCUAGCCACUGGUCUUUUAAGUCAGUGUUUGAGUCCCAUCGUUGGUCCAAAGCCAGAAAAACAAACCUGAGACAUGAAAUGCACACACCAGACGUCACCAUACGUUGACGUAUGUUGAAACUCUAUCUCCUUGCUGUCUGUUGCAAACAGGUCAAGCAGGCUUCCCCGUCUACAAGUAUGUCCCAUACGGUCCGGUCAACGAGGUCAUUCCAUAUCUGUCUCGCCGAGCUCAGGAGAACCGUGGCUUCAUGAAGGGGUCGCAGAGAGAGCGCAGCCUGCUGUGGAAAGAGCUGAAACGCAGGGUGCUGGAGGGUCAGAUUUUCUACACACCUGUGUACUGAGUCACAUGCAAACUGCCGUGUAAGCAUUCCACAGUGUUCACUGUACCACUACCUGCUGACUGGUCCUAGCUGAGGAAGAUUAAUGUCCUUCCUCUGCCAGUUCGUUUUGAGUUAUACUGACAGGUGUUUUAAGUAUGGUAUGGGUUAUGAUAGAGAUGUAUGUUGAUUUUUGCAGUAUAUUUAACAGUGAAGUCUUUAGAAAAACACCAUAAUCAUACAUUGUGGAGAUACAUGUGCUGCUUCGUUAAGAAGUGAUCAAUAUGUCUUUCUAAACCAGAGUCAGUUUGCAUCGUCAUAAAACAGCGAUGAAUUAUUCAGGAGAGACAUUACUGUAUAUCUUACCAGAGGUGCCUGACUUGUGUAUAAAAGCUGUCCUGUGAUUCUUUUUUAAGAGUACAGUUGGUCUUGGGUUGCUGUCACUUCAAAAGUGCCUUAUGAUUGUUUAUCCGAUGUUAGCUGGAAGCAGACAGCUGCUGUACAACUUCUGCACACUCCUUUAAGGGGAUUGUAAAUUAUUUUUGCAUGCUCAUUGUUUAUUUUAUGUGUCUUUGUAUGAAUCUACUGGAAUAAAUAGACUUGCUGGUUAUGAUUUAGCGUAGUAAACACUGUGAGGAUCUACAGUAGAAAUGUAAUCAGCAGUCCAUCAAUGGCACAAACAGAGCAUGCGGCAUCUUAAAAUAGAUGCCUCCUUUUUCUCUCCUGAUGCUUGACUGAUCGUCCCCAAAGGCAGAGAGAAGAUUUACUAUAAAAGAAAAUACCAAAGGUUCCAUAUCCAGCUGCUGAAUAGUCCUGACUUGAUAUUUCUCCUCAUCAAACAAAGACAAACACAGACAGCAGCAGAUGUUUGAAGCACCAAACCAGAAACAGUUAGGCGCAGUGUUCCCAAAUGUUUCAUAAACACUCGUAAUCACUGCUGUGAUUUUCAAGGAAGACUGCUCUCUAGCACCCUGAGAACACCUGCUCUGUUGCAUAAUGUGCAGUGAGGAGAGCGUGUCUGCGAGUUCAUUAUGUUGUUGUAGAUGAGAUUUCAAAAGACAAGGUCUGUGUCUGUACCUCUGGUUUUAACAUCAUUUUUAUGUUUAAAGGUCUUUUAGCUUUGGGAAACAAAAUUUAAUCCUUUUUGCAGAGUGUAAUAAAAAGAGCUAUUUACAUUAUUAUUUUUUUAAACAUGGCAAAAGUGAUUUUGGUUUUUGUUUUUAAAAGUUUUACUAUUACAGCAUGUUAAUGUCUUUGUUUCAGUCAUGAGAAACUGUACUGUGAUAUAAAACUGUAUUAAUUUUACCUCGUCACAGUCGCAUAGUCUCUUCUCUGAUUUGUGCCUCGGAAAUAAAGCCUUUAUUUUAUUUUCUGUAACUGUAAUGACUUCUGGCAUACUUUUAAACCCAGUAACACUGGCACAUUUGGAGUAUUUAAGUAGAAACUUGUUUCUUUCUGUAAAUGUCUGCCGUCAUUCUGAUGUAUCACUGUGUAUCGUGUUUUGUACAGUUGUAAGAUAUGUGUAAUUAUUGAUUAGCACAAUUAAAUGCAGUAAAUAUUAAAACAAAGUUGACUCUUA